GCAAACGUUCGAAGAGAAAAUUCUCUUAUGGUCGAAAAUUUGAUGAGCCUACAUUUUCGCUUCAUAGCGACAGCAAAAUAAUUGUUCAAAAAAUUUUUUUUUUCUAAACUGCACCCGGUCCAAUCAAAUCUUUAGCAACAUGUUAGAAGGCACUUUGUCCGUUUAUGCUUUUAUUUUAAUUUUUCCUUUAGCAGUUAUCGGUGGUUUGCUAUUUCUUAUCAGGAAUUUUAUUCGAUCGACUGAAUAUUGCGAUCAUGAUGCCAGGUUCGAUGGAAAAACUAUCGUGGUUACAGGUGGUAGCAGUGGUCUUGGUCGAACACUUUCCCUCGAGUUGGCCAGGAGGGGAGCCCGAGUCAUUGUGGCCUGCAGGACGCAAGCUCGACGAGACUCAAUGGCUUACUUCCUGCGCAGUAAAACAGGAUCUUUCAAUAUACGGUCCAUGUUCAUGGACUUGACUCGCUUGGACACUGUGUAUGACUUCUGCCAGGAGCUUGCUGAAACAGAGGAGAAAAUAGAUGCACUUGUCAACAACGCUGCCGUCCUAUGUCCCCAAGACAAGACGUGUGACGACAUAGAUAUGAUGCUCGGCGUGAAUUACCUCGGCCACUUUUUGCUGACCAACCUCCUCUGCGAGAAGUUCCUGAGCUAUGGAACGGGCAUCAGUCCGGUCAGGGUCGUUAAUGUCGUCUGCGGAAGCCUCAGAUCUGGUAAAAUAGUCAGCAUGGAUGAACUGGAAGGCAAAUUCAGUGGAAGUUAUGACAUGAGGACAGUUUACCGUAGCAGCAAACUAGCCCUACAUCUGAUGACCAAGGAACUAGCUCACAAAUACUCCGAGAAAGGAAUUGUAGCAUAUUCCGCAGACCCAGGUUACGUGAAUUCUGGCUUGUAUCGCCACCUCGACGGAUUUUUUGGCAAAUUCAACCAGACCUGUGCAAAAGUCCUCUACAGAACCACAGAAGAAGGAAUCCAGACCAUCAUGUACUGCUUAUCAUCCUUAGAUGUGCUCAAAGAAUCGGGUCGUCUCUACAAAGAUUGCCGCUCUUUUAAUGUCCGGAGCUCAGAGUGGACUGAGAACAACAUAAAAGACUUAUGGGAGAGAGCGGAACAGUUGAUCCUCUCCAAAGGUCUCAAACUUCAACUAAGUGCAGCUGACGAAGACGAUGAUGUUGAAGACAAAGACACCGAAGCAGACAAAGCAGAUACUGAAGAUUAGGAAUAUCUUGAUUUUGUUUAUACGUACGAAAAGAUGAUCUACAUGGGAAAUCAUCUGAAUUGUUUGGAUUUUGAUGGCUGCAGAUGCUGAAUAAAGAAUAGCACUUACAGCUUUGAGCUACCAUGAGGACUGUAAACCAGAACGGGCAAUUAAGACAGACAAUGCUCAUGGAUAUGAUUUUAGGAUGAUUCUUCGGAAUUGCUAAUACAUAGUAAUAAAAAACUGUGAAAUCCAAAAUGAUUUAUAAAAUCUAUGAAAAUAAUUUCUGCACUGGAAAGACAAGGGUCCUCAUCCCGCCCAAAAAAGCAAGGGCACAACCUAAUUGCCCCGAAGACUUCCCAAGAAUGACAGAAAAGAGAAAAUUAUCACUAAAAGCUUCCUCCACUCUUAGAAAUGUUAAUGGUGCAGUCUGCGCUAUUGACAAUUUUAAGGUUGCCAUUCUGUCAGGCACCCACAAUUAAGAAGUCAAUAGUGCUAUUCCAAGCAGUUUAAUAACAAGAAGUCUUUAAUAGUAUCAUGAGUAGGAAAAUUUUAGGACUAUUUUUCUCCCGAAUGGAUAUUUUGUCCGCACUUAGCAGUUUUGUGAAUAUGCAUUUAUAAAUAAUUUGAAAAAACCAUUUAGUGCUUUAAUGUUUGAAAGUUUAGCUUCUUCUUUUUUGUUCAUUUUGCUUUUUAGUGUAACCUUACAUUUGUGUGUAUAAUGUUUGUCUAUCAUGAAACGGAGUAUAGCACCUUGAAAAUAUUAGGGUUAAAACUUUUAUAGUGUGACAACUGUUCACAUCUAAUACAAAAAUGAUACAUGCUACCAAGUUUUACACAGUUAUUCAUAUAAUCACCAACAUUGUUCACAAUCCGUUUCCAACGAUAUGGAAGUCGUAGGAAGCGCCUGUUCUGUUUGUAGUUCGAAUAUAGCAGUCUACUACCGCAAGAAUGUGAGGAACACUUCUGCCAAUGGUUCUUUCACCUUAAGAAUUAAGUCAGUCACAAGGGCUUAUGUCUUUUUGAAAAUUUGACGUAAUUCUUAAGAUGAAGAAACCAUUUUGUAGCAGACCGUUCUACUCGAGCUAUCAACAGAACAGGCGCUGCUGCAGAUGUCAUAUGACUAACACAUCGUUGAAAACGGGUUGUGCACAAAGCUGGUGACUAUAUUAGUCGAUAUGGAAGUUGUAGGAAGAGCCUGUUCUGUUUGUAGUUUGAAUAUAGCGGUCUACUACCGCAAGAAUGUGAGGAACACUUCUGCCAAUGGUUUUUUCACCUUAAGAAUUAAGUCAGUCACAAGGGCUUAUGUCUUUUUGAAAAUUUGACGUAAUUCUUAAGAUGAAGAAACCAUUUUGUAGCAGACCGUUCUACUCGAGCUAUCAACAGAACAGGCGCUGCUGCAGAUGUCAUAUGACUAACACAUCGUUGAAAACGGGUUGUGCACAAAGCUGGUGACUAUAUUAGGCGAUAUGGAAGUUGUAGGAAGAGCCUGUUCUGUUUGUAGUUUGAAUAUAGCGGUCUACUACCGCAAGAAUGUGAGGAACACUUCUGCCAAUGGUUUUUUCACCUUAAGAAUUAAGUCAGUCACAAGGGCUUAUGUCUUUGAAAAUUUGACGUAAUUCUCAAGAUGAAGAAACCAUUUUGUAGUAGACCGUUCUACUCGAACUAUCAGUAGAACAGGUGCUGAUUACAGACGUCAUAUGACAACCACAUCAUUGAAAACGGGUUGUACACAAAGCUGGUGACUACAUUAAAAUGCUCUGUAGAAUUUGGUGGCAUGCAUCCCCUUUGUAUGAGAUGAAAAUAAAUAGUUGCCACUAUUAAAAUUCCAACCCUCGUAACAAUUUAGGUUGUUGUUUUUUGUUUUUUACUUCCCUGAAAAUUGUAAUACUCAAAUUUUCUUUGCCAUUGAUGAUGAGAAUUGUUUCAUUGCCUCUCUCUACACUAUCUGUACAUAUCUGAACCUAAAUUGUACAAUUUUUCAAUAAAGUUGCUCUGAUGUAAUUUAGUGUAUCAAAAAGUAGUAACUAAUCAAUCUCAAGUAAUGUAUACAGAUUUUCUAAAAAUCUAUUGCUCUUUUGUAUUUUUUUUAUUUUUAUUUUCUUUGAAUGUGUCGGAAAACCAUGACUGUGUUUGUAAACAAACCCGAUUAUUCAAAUUGUGAUUUCUAUGCUUAGUAGUUCUCAAACGUAGUUUCAUUGUUUUUAUCAAAUGCCGUGUCUGUUUUCCUUUUUUGACUCGUAAAAAUUUCAACACUGUUUUCUAAAUUCAUGGGUUAUGCUAUGAUCUGACUGCAUGUUAUCUAUGUUGGAAAUGAAGAACCAAUGUAAAUAAAGUGCACAUUAUCAAGAAAACUUCUGUGCUUUAUUUACGUUGAUUUUUCAUUUCAAUCAUACUUCAUCACAAAGCUUAUUUGAUCGUUUUGCAUGUUAUCUAGUUCAAAUAAAAAAAUGCAUACGGUAACUUCUGUUACCUAUAGAAAUCAAAUCUCUUUGCUGUUACAAAAAAAAAAAAAAAAAAGAUUUCUUUAAUGGAAUCAACUAUACUUAUAUUGUAAUAUCAGUUAUUCUCCUUUAUGAUUCAAAGAUACUUUUUGCAGCGUCAAAAAAAAAAAAAAAAAAAAAAAGCCAAGACAUUAUGUGAGACAAGGCUGGUAAGAAGGUAGAAAUAUUUUCCCAGGAGAAUAAGAGAGAAAGAUAAUAACAAAGGAAACUAGAAAUAUUUAAAAAAAAUAUUAAAUGUUUGUUGAGCAUUGAAGGAGCCUGCAACUAACUUUGCGUUUAUUACAGAAAGCAAAUUUUACUAAACUAUAUCAGUUACCUAUCAGUGAUUGAAAUUAAAAAGAAGCAACUAUUGAAAAAAAUGUGAAAUGUUUUUUUUUUUCAGAAACGUUAAUGCUUAUAAAAAAACUUUUGUAUAUUUUUAUGCCCUCAACAAAGACCUUGUGUUGCAAUUUUUUUUUGGUAUUUAAACACAAAACUCAACUUUCACUCAAAAAUCGGCCUUAGUUUCUAUUUUGCUCAUCCCCAAAUGAAUGUUGGUUUUUUUCCCCGACUCGAGCACAAGUGGAUAUAUGCCUAGGAACGCACAGACACCCGAAAGAUGCAUUUUGACGAACCUCGAGUUAAUUACAAUGAGUUUUCUCAUGACGCCUGUAUGUACAUAUGUAUGUGCGUAUGUGUGUAUGUAUCUCGCAUAACUUAAAAAUGGUAUGUCCUAGAAAGUUUAAAUUUGGUACGUGAACUCCUAGUGGGGUUUAGUUGUGCACCUUCUCUUUUGGUUGCAUUCGGAUGUUCUUAUGGGGUCUUUUGCCCCUUUUUGGAGGGAAAUCAUUGUUAAUUUCGAUGUAAACUCAAGUGGUGUUAUAGUUUGGCGGACACUUGGCGAUAUAUCACCAGUAUUUUGGUCGCCAAGUUUUGUCACCAAUUCGGCGACAAAUUUGGCAAUUUUUUUUUUUUAAAUCUGGUUUCGAUUUGGUCAUUGUUGGUGAUAUUUAGAGAGUAAACUAUUGAAUCACAUUAAAAUUGCCAACAAUGGGAAAAUGACAUUCAAUUGGAGUAAAAGGAAGUCAUGUGAUGCACAUCAGCUCGUUUCAGUCAAUUUAGGCCCUUCGUGUUUCCGAACGUAAACAGGGAAAAAUGUCUGGGGAUAUUUUUUACGAACUAUCCAACCAAAUCAAGCUCGAAACACUGCAUAGAAUUUUUCAUGCAGAAAGAGUGGUUUGGAAUUGAAAAAGAAAAUAAAUCAAAACUUGGAGUUUCAUGCUCCUUAUAGCUCACGUUAGCAAUGAAAAAUAAUCACGUUUGAAAAUUAUGUGUUUCCCUAACUUAAAAAUGCUUAUGACCUUUUUAAAUAAUUAAUUGAGGCUUUAAUGCCUUGCUAAGAAGUUUGGGGUAUUUUUUUGCGGACUUCCCAACCGUCGAAAAGAUAGGAUAAUUUUUAAGGCAGAAAAAGCGUUUUCGAAAGUAAAAUUGAGUUUUGUUUAAUCAAUAUCUCUGCAAAUUGUGCCUCUUUCCAAAUCUUUUUUAUUGAUAACACUAAAACUUGGCGAUAGUAGCACAUACUGUAAAUGAAAUUUAUGAGGAAACAGAAAAAUACAAAUAAAUAGCUGAAAUAUUUAUUCAAAUAUAACAUGUACAACAUCGCAGAAUCAUAUUUAAUUCAAUUUUCUAUUUGGUUACUUUUCCUUUUCUUUUUUUUUUUUGCACUCAGCUUUCGUCUUAAAAAAAAAAAAAAAAAUUCUUAAUCAAAUUAAGGAACAAUAAAUAGUAUGUUUCAUUACUUUCUUCGACAAAAACAAAUGCGACGUUCUUCGAAAGCAGAUGAAAUCGAAAUCGAAAUGAAACUGAAACUCAUGAAAAGUCUCUCAUAAUCCAAGAGCACCUCCACCACCUCCUCCUAACCCAAGACCA